AUGGCUGAGCUGCAUGUAGUGGAGCCGAGUGCUGCAGGGACCAUAGAGCAGAGCGAGCACCGCGACGUGAGGGGCUCUCUGCGCCUGGCUUCACCCACACUGAUGGUUCCCCAGCGGACGAGCCAGCUCAGCCCCGGAGUGUCCAGUAGCAGCAGCGGCCGCUCCGUCUUCGGAUUCCCGGUCAAAAGCAACCCCAGCUCCCCUUCUGAACCCGUAGAAAAGCCAGGAUCCCGCUGGGUUCGCCUCAAUGUGGGUGGUACAUACUUUAUUACGACCAAGCAAACGCUGUGCAGAGACCCCAAGUCUUUUCUAUAUCGACUCUGUCAAGAUGAUCCUGAUCUGGACUCUGACAAAGAUGAGACCGGAGCCUACCUAAUUGACAGAGAUCCUACAUAUUUUGGACCCAUACUAAAUUACCUUCGACAUGGAAAGUUGAUCAUGGACAAAAAUUUGGCAGAGGAAGGUGUACUUGAAGAAGCAGAGUUUUAUAAUAUAGCCUCUCUGGUGAGGAUGGUUAAAGAGAGAAUACGCGAUAAUGAGAACCGGACAUCUCAGGGCCCUGUGAAGCAUGUUUAUCGAGUGCUGCAGUGCCAAGAGGAGGAACUAACACAGAUGGUCUCCACCAUGUCGGACGGCUGGAAGUUUGAGCAGCUUAUAAGCAUCGGCUCAUCCUAUAACUAUGGCAACGAGGACCAGGCAGAGUUUUUAUGUGUAGUUUCCAGGGAACUCAACAACUCCACCAACGGCAUUGUCAUUGAGCCCACUGAAAAGGCCAAGAUCCUUCAAGAACGUGGCUCACGGAUGUAA